GCCGCGAGCGCCGCCGCCGCCGCCGCCUCCUCUUCCGCCGCCGCCGCCGCCACCGCUCCGCCCGCAGGCUGCGGCUAGAGGGCCCGAACCCCGCCCGAGAGUCGGUCCGUGAGUCCCGGUCUCCGCGGGGACAGGGAGGGGAGUCCCCCAGCACCCACUCCCCGCCCCAGCUGCCUCGAUUCCACCCCUUGCCCCCUUCGGGAAACAAACUAACGACCCCACCCUAAACAGUCCAAAUUCGGGAAACAUGGUCUGUUCGACGUGAGAGCUAGCUUAAUCCGGAACCCGGGAACUUUCAUUUUUCUUUGGGGGGGUGGGGUGGGCAUACUUUCAAAAGUAAUAUUAACACAACUAUUUUCUUUUCUUCCCACUGACCCUUCCUAUUUACCCUCUCCCGCCUACUCUAUCCGGGCGGGAAUUGUUUCCACGAUGAAAUGAGUGAAAACCUGAGUGAUCCUGUAUCUCCGGUGGUGCGAGCUUUAGUACCACCUGUAUUUCAAAAUGGGGGACCCAAACUCCCGGAAGAAACAAGCUCUGAACAGACUACGUGCUCAGCUUAGAAAGAAAAAAGAAUCUCUAGCUGACCAGUUUGACUUCAAGAUGUAUAUUGCCUUUGUAUUCAAGGAGAAGAAGAAAAAAUCAGCACUUUUUGAAGUGUCUGAGGUUAUACCAGUCAUGACAAAUAAUUACGAAGAGAAUAUCCUGAAAGGUGUGCGAGAUUCCAGCUAUUCCUUGGAAAGUUCGUUAGAGCUUUUACAGAAGGAUGUGGUACAGCUCCAUGCUCCUCGAUACCAGUCUAUGAGAAGGGAUGUAAUUGGCUGUACUCAGGAGAUGGAUUUCAUUCUUUGGCCUCGGAAUGAUAUUGAAAAAAUUGUCUGUCUCCUGUUUUCUAGGUGGAAGGAAUCUGAUGAACCUUUUAGGCCUGUUCAGGCCAAAUUUGAGUUUCAUCACGGUGACUAUGAAAAACAGUUUCUGCAUGUACUGAGCCGCAAGGAUAAGACUGGAAUUGUUGUCAACAAUCCUAACCAGUCAGUGUUUCUCUUUAUUGACAGACAGCACUUGCAGACUCCAAAAAACAAAGCUACAAUCUUCAAGUUAUGCAGCAUCUGCCUUUACCUGCCGCAGGAACAGCUUACCCACUGGGCAGUUGGCACCAUAGAGGAUCACCUCCAUCCUUACAUGCCAGAAUAGAGUACUGACCAGCAAAAUGGACAAGAUCAGAGUGCAGCAGCAGUGUUCUUAUUGUUUUCUUACCACUUUCUUUCAGAGUUUAAAGAAAAUGGACUCAUGCACAGAACACUAUGCAUUUUGAAACUUACUCAUCCUGGAUUUUUUUUUUUUUUUUAAUCAUUUGUAUCUCAGAACUUAAAAAAAUCUGAUGUCUUCUGCACGGACUGUGUGAAAGAAGAUGCUUUGCAUAUUUGCUGCACUGCAUCAGCAUCUUAACUAAAAAUGUGAAAUGAAAGGACUGUUGUACACUGAAAUGCUUAAUGUAUCUUAAAGCACAAGGUGACAUUCGUUUUUGAUGAUCUUUCCAUUUGUGCUGGUUUUUCCUCUGACAUCUGUCAUCAGUAUUUAGAGGGUAAGAAAUAAAUGUAACAGGCAUAAAUAACAUUUUAAAAACUUAAUAGCUUUGCUAUAUCACCGUUGAUCCAGAACACUGUCACAUUCUAAUGACCAUAUGUGGUUGUUAAAAAAAAAAAAGAAUGAAAAUACAACCACGGGAAAGAAAUCUUAAAUGAAAAAAGCAUCUCAUUGUGGGCAUACUUGCCUCAUUUUACUGGGCCAUGUUUGUUUCCUGGUACUCACAUGUAUUUUAUUUCCUAGAUCUCUUUCCCCAAGUUGCUGUUAUAAAAGUAUUCUGCUGAGUGGACAGUUACCCACGUUAAGGCAGAUCUGGAGUCUGAAGUAGCUAAAGCAGCUAUAAAACUGAGAAAUACAUUCAUAGCUGCAGAAACCAUAAUAGGUAGAGGACUUUCCUUUUUUGUUUUUGUUUUGCUUUGUUUUUUGGUUUUAAAGAGAAGAGAUUUUUAUUACAAAGAAAUUCCAGUGAAUUGUGUGGAAAUACUGGUUUCUAUACCAUCCUAAAGAAAAUCUUAGGGUUUUCUGGAAUAGAAAAAAGUUAUUACAAGUUGGGGAUCUUAAAUUGUAAAAACCACCGUUGAGUGUCAAAGGUCUAAAAGCAGAACUCAUUUGUGCAAUGAACAUAAGGAAAGACUACUGUAUAGUUUUUUUUUUUUUUCUUUUAAAUGAAGAAAAGCUUUGCUUAAGGGUUGCAUACUUUUAUUCGAGUAAAUCUGAAUGAUCCUACUCCUUUGGAGUAAACCUUAGUGCUUACCAGUUUCCAAUUGUAUUUAGCUUCUGGUUGGAAUUUGAAAAAAAUGAAAACCUAAAUAAAAUAGGUGAAAGUUCCCUGACUAUUCAGGUGAAUACA